UCCAUUUAAUCUGGAUUUUAUCAAAUUAAACAUAAAUCAUGGGGUUAUCAUCUCUAUGCUUAAUAACUGUGUCCAUCUAUAUCCUUUCAACAAUUGUGUUGUUCCAUCUUGUGGUGGCCAGCUCUUUGCAGUCAUAUAAUACUCCUACUUGCCAUGAUGAUGAGAUCUCUGCCUUGCUUCAAUUUAAGCAAAGCUUUGUCAUUAGAAAGUUUGCUUCAGUCAAGGGUGCUUAUCCAAAGAUCUCUUCAUGGAAAUCAAACAGCAGUUGUUGCUCAUGGGAUGGCGUAGUGUGUGAUGAGAAGACGGGUCAUGUGAUUGGGCUUGAUCUUGGUAGCAGUUGUCUCUAUGGCUCUUUCAGCUCCAACAACACCUUAUUCAGUCUUGUUCAUCUUCAGCGUCUGAACCUCGCAGAUAAUGAUUUCAAUUUCUCUCAAAUUCCUACUAGCAUUAGGAACUUCCCAAGGCUCAGGUAUCUCAACCUCUCUUUCUCUGUCUUUUCUGGUCGUGUCCCAUCUGAAGUUUCACAACUCUCUAAGUUGUCUUCCCUCGAUCUAUCUCGCAAUGAUGGUAUGUUUUCGAAUGAAGAAUUGUUGAGAAGCCUAGCUCAAAAUUUAACUGGCCUACAAACACUUGAUCUUUCUUCCAUUAAUAUAUCAUCCACAAUACCCGAAACCCUGACAAAUUUGUCUCUUUUGACAUCCCUCACCCUUGAUGAUUGCGGCCUCUUUGGCAAAUUACCAGGAAGAAUCUUUAAAUUACAGAAUUUGAAGGUUCUUAGUGUGAGGUACAACCCUGCUCUCACGGGGAUAUUUUCCAAUGAAGAAUUGUUAAGAAGCCCAGCUCAAAAUUUAACUAGCCUAGAAACACUAGAUCUUUCUGGGAUUAACAUAUCAUCCACGGUACCCGACACCCUGACAUAUUUGUCUCUUUUGACAUCCCUCAUCCUUGAUAACUGCGGCCUGUCUGGCAAAUUCCCAGGAAGAAUCUUUAAAUUACAGAAUUUGAAGGUUCUUAGUGUGAGCAACAACCCUGCUCUCACGGGGUAUUUUCCUGAUAACUAUAGUGGAAGUAGUCCUGAUCUCAUGUCACUCAAACUCUCGUCCACUAAUUUUUUCAUAAACCUGCCUUCUUUGAUAGAAAGGUUUCCUUCACUGAAAGAGUUGGCUGUGAGUUCAUGCAAUAUUUCAGAAGGUCCAGUACCACUGUCACUUGGUAAUCUUAGGGAUCUCAUCUAUUUGGACCUUUCAUAUAAUAAGUUUAAUGGUCAAAUCCCUACAGCUACACUUGGUAAUCUUAGGGAUCUCAUCUAUUUGGACCUUUCAGAUAAUAAGUUUAAUGGUCAAGUACCAUUUUCACUUGGUAAUCUUAGGAAUCUCAUCCAUUUGGACCUUUCAGAUAAUAAGUUUAAUGGUCGAGUACCAUUUUCACUUGGUAAUCUUAGGGAUCUCACCUAUUUGGACCUUUCAUAUAAUAAGUUUAAUGGUCAAAUCCCUACAACGUUGGGAAACCUUACCCAACUUACAUAUCUAUCACUUUAUAAUAACCAUUUUCAUGGUUCAGUCCCCCAGUCCUUAUUCAAUCUCAUCAAUCUUCAAACCCUUUAUCUAGAUCAUAAUAAUUUGAGUGGCACAGUAGAUUUCCAAAAAUUUCUUAACCUACAAAAACUCACCGAUCUAGAUCUAUCCAAUAAUAAUCUGGAAUUGCUCUCAGAAUCUAGAUUUUUGAAUAAUGCAACUACUGUACUUCCAAAGUUUGUGUAUCUAAGAUUGGGUGGGUGCAACAUAAGAGAGUUCCCAGAUUUCCUAAGAUCUCAAGAAGCGUUGUCAUAUUUAGAUCUCUCUGGAAACAAAUUGCAAGGCCAAGUACCAAAAUGGAUGUGGAACACAAGCACUCAAACUCUGAAUGACUUUAACAUUUCUCAUAACUUGCUGUCAGGCUUCGAGAAAUCUCCAGUUGUCCUUCCAUGGCUUAACCUUGAAUACUUAGACCUGUCAUUCAACAUGUUUCAUGAUUUAUUACUGUUACCUUCAACAUCCAUCAUCAAGUACUAUAACAUUGCAAACAACAAAUUAACCAGACGAGUUUCACCAAUGAUUUGCAAUAUGACUUCUCUUGAAUAUCUUGAUUUGUCAAACAACAAGUUGAUUGGCGAUCUACCUCAUUGUGGGAGAAAUUUCAGUGUUAAUCUGGAAUAUCUCAAACUUGGAAACAACUCAUUUCAAGGAAAUCUUCCUCAAUCAUACUUCAAUGGAAGCAAUUUAAGGAUGAUGGAUAUCAGUCACAACAGUUUCCAGGGGCAACUACCGAGGUCACUAGCGAAUUGUGCAAGUCUUGAAAGUUUAGUCCUUUCACACAAUAAUUUUGGUGAUACCUUCCCUGUUUGGUUGGGGGCUCUCCCUGAGUUGAAAAUUUUGAAAAUGGACCACAAUGUGUUCUAUGGAGUGAUUCUGAAACAUGAUAAGAAGAAUCUUCAAUUCCCGGUGCUGCGUAUUCUUGAUUUGUCUUACAAUGAUUUCUCAGGUCAGUUUCCAUUUGAAUACAUUUUUUCUGGAAAUGGGACUACAAGUAUCACUCAUGAUUUGGAGUAUUACAACAUCAAUUCAUUUCCUGGUGGGUAUUACUCAAUCACGAUAAUCUGUAAAGGUGUGGAGAGAUACUACCCAAGAAUUCGAGAGGACUUGAUACUCAUUGACAUCUCAAGCAACAAUUUUGAAGGGAAGAUUCCUGAAUACAUUGGGAAACUUCAGGGGAUUUGGUCAGUCAAUCUCUCCAAUAACAUUCUCACCGGUCGCAUCCCAUCAUCCUUGAGCAACUUAUCAAGGCUUGAAUCAUUGGACCUUUCACAUAACAAGCUCUCUGGUGAGAUUCCUCAGCAACUGGCACAACUUGAUUCUCUCUCAAAGUUCAAUGUCUCUCACAACAAUCUCACAGGACCUGUACCACGGGGAAUCCACUUCACUACAUUUGACAGCACUUCAUAUCUGGGAAACCAAGGAUUGUGCGGAGAUCUAUUGCCCAAGAAAUGUGGAAAUUCUGUGGGCACUCAACUUCCACCUUCAACAUCAGAAGAUAAUGACUCGGGCUCUGGAAUUGAAUUGGAUUGGAAAUUUGUUGUGGCAGGGUCAGGGAGUGGCUUGUUGGUGGGAGUGGUUCUUGCAGACUUUGUGAUUACCAAGUGGAAUGUGUGGUUCAUUGAGAUUGUUGCAGUACUGAUCGUGUUUUCAAAAAGGAUAAGGAAGCCUAGAAAUUGAGUCCUCGAUCAGUACUGAUCAUGUUGCCAUGAAACAAAGACAAAAAACUGGGGCUUGUUUUUUAGUUGUAACUUUUGCAUUCUUUCUCUUUGUACCAUGGGCCGGAAUAUUUUUGAAGGUCUUGAUGUUGGUUAGUAAUCUUGUGUAAUGUUCCUGGGUGGCUGUGGUCUAGUCCUCCAGCCAGUUUGUAUUCUCUUUUUUUUCUUUAAUAAAUUUUCGAGAGGGGACGAGGCGCUUUCCAAACAAAAAUAAUAAUAAUAAAAAGUACUGAUCAAGUUGCUCUUUGUUUUUAAGUUGUGUUUCCAAUUUCUUAUUAACUCUUACUCAAAUUCUGUUAGGACACGGUAUUUUUUGUCGAAAACAUAAAUAUAAAGUGUAGUUUUAGUUAAUGGCAACUAGAAAGUGUAGUUUUAGUUAAUGGCAUCAAUAUUUUCAAGUCUGUUUUAGGAGAAGCCAAAACAGUUUCAUUUUCUGAAAACAGUUUCCCUUGAACAGAUUGGAGCCAAUUACGGCGUCGUUUCAAGCCCCAAAAUCACAUUCAAGACAUUUAUUACCAUUCCGAAAUUGGUUCAGAAUCACGAGUACAGAUUCGGAGCGGCGCCGAAUGUGUUUAGUUGUGCCCAUUUUGGGUUCCAAGAGACUGCACACCAGGUGCUCGGCGAAAUGCCUGCCAUGGGAUUUGUGCCCAUUUUGGGUUCCAAGAGAGUGUCUGGUGACUACAUAUACCAUAUUGAUGGAUGGGUAUGUGAAGCAGGGGAAGCUAUUAACGUUAUGGAUGAGAUGGAGGAUAAUGGGGUUGGCGCCAAUGAGGUUACUUAUGGGGUUAUGAUUGAAGCUUAUUGUAAGGAGAAGAAGUCGGGCGAAGCGGUUAAUUUGCUUAAUGAUAUGGAGGAGGAGAGGUACAUACCGAGCACAAAGCUCUGUUGUUAGGUGAUUGAUGUGUUGUGUUGCGAGGCGAAGGUGGAGGAUGCUUGUGAACUGUGGAAGAGGCUUUUGAAGAAGAAUUGCACGCCGGAUAUACUGGCUUAAUUUGUAAGAAGGGAGAAAGUGUGGGAAGCUAGGAAAUUGUUUGAUCAGUUUGAGACGAGUGAGCCUCCAGAUGUCAUGACUUACAACGUGCUUAUUUCUGGGAUGUGUGAAGUGCGGGAGUUGUGUGAUGCUACGUGCUGAUGUCUGGGUUAAAGAGCUGGGUCUUAGUAACAUACAUUUCAUGCAUGCAAAUGCCACUACAUCAUUUAAUCAACUGGUGUCUACAUACCCUGGACCACUGAUGCUUGUUUCAAUCCUGGUGUUUAUACAGUCCGAUGUACUUGACGUCGCACUUGAGAUGAGAAACCAAUUUGAUUCUCUGCCCCAUGUUCUGAAGCACAUAGAUGAAAUCGAAUCCAGCGUGUUGUGUGACAGUGAGGGAUGGUUGUUGAGCAAUCCAAUGGGCAAAAGGACGGAAAGAGAAAUUCAUGCUGAAUUUGAAGGGGCAAAAAUUUACAGGAGAGUAUACCAGAAGCAAGCACAGAAGGCUCUUGGAUGAAGUAAUGCGGAAUCAAGUGAAUGGUUUUUGAUAGAGAUUUUUGAAUUGUGAAAUGUGAUCAUCAUUUGUAGAAUUGUUCACAUCAAGUUUUAUGAGGAAGUAGCGUAUAAUCAGACUUUAGUGUGACC